AUGAGUGUGUUACCAGUAGAGGGAGCAAGGAAGGAACCUGUCAAAGCAAACCUGAAAGCAGCACUUUCUCUACGCGGAGGCGAGAAACGCGAAGUGUAUCCAUCACUGUGCUGUACACUUACAGAGGGUGAGAAAUCGCCGCCGAAGUCUGUCGGUGAGGCUUUUCCGGCCAUCGACGAUUACAGGAACUUUGAUGACAGUCUGAUAUUCGAGUGCGAAGUGGAGAUUGUGUGCGUCGUGUGGGACGAUUUCCCAAGCCUUUCCGCUCCGGAGACGCAGCCCAUCCUCGCUAGAGACUUCGCCAACUUGUUGGAGUCCCAGGACUUUGCGGACUUCAUUCUGCACGCCGGAGGCGUCAGGAUCAAGGCGCACAAAGUCGUGCUGGACGCCCGCAGUCCCGUCUUUACCAGGAUGUUGCAGCGGAACACAAAGGAAGCGCAAGAAAACUACGUCAACAUCGAGGGCGCGGAACCCGAAGUGGUGGCCGAGGCAUUGCGCUACAUGUAUUCGGGCCACGCCCUGGCCCUGCGCGAUAUGACCCAGGGCUUGCUGGCGUUUGCGGACCGCUACGACCUGCGUGAGCUGAAGAACCAGUGCGAGGUGGAACUGGCCAGGCGCCUCACCGUAGACAACGCCAUCACCUUCGUCAUCUUGGCCGUCGUCAACUCGUGCCACGUCUGUCGACUUCAUAAGGCGGCAUUUGUGUCAGGUGAUGGGCACUACAGCGUGGAAUGA